CCCCCCACUCCGACAUCAUGGCCAACCACCUGGAGUUGAUCCAGGAGCUGCAGCAGCUGGACAAGGUGCCCAGUCUGGAGAGGCUGCGGGCGGCCCAGAAGCGCCGCACUCAGCAGCUCAAGCGCUGGGCCGUGUACGAGAAGGAGAUGCAACACAAAAAGCGCAAAGCGGACAGGAAGGGACGAAACGCCAACGGCUACCAGCACGCCGAGGCCAAGAGGCGGGUGUCGUUCGCCGCCAGCGUGGCGCUCCUGGAAGCGUCGGCCAGGAAUGACCCGGAUGAAGUGCGCUACUUGUUGAAAAACAAUGUCAGCCCGGACCUCUGCAACGAAGACGGCCUCACUGCGCUACAUCAGUGCUGCAUAGACAACUACGAGGAGAUGGUGAAGAUCCUACUGGAUCGCGGAGCUUGCGUCAACGCUCAGGACAACGAGCUGUGGACGCCGCUGCACGCUGCCGCUACCUGCGGCCACGCAGGCCUUGUCAAGACACUCAUUGCACAUGGUGCUGAUCUGCUGGCGGUCAACUCUGAUGGGAACAUGCCGUACGACCUUUGCGAAGACGACCCGACGCUGGACAUCAUUGAGACGGCCAUGGCCAACAGGGGCAUCACCCAGGAGAUGAUCAACGAGACCCGGGCCUCCACAGAGAGGAGGAUGCUCGGAGAUAUCCAGGAACUGGUGCGGCUCGGCGACGACGUCAACCGUCAGGACUCGCAGGGAGCCACGCUGCUGCACAUCGCGGCAGCAAACGGCUACAUGCAGGCGGCCGAGCUGCUGCUGGAGGGGGGCUCUCGGAUGGACCUGAGAGAUUCAGACGGAUGGCAGCCGCUACACGCCGCGGCCUGCUGGGGACAGAUGCACGUGGCCGAGCUGCUGGUGUCUCACGGAGCCAGUCUCAAUGCCAAGACCUUCCUGGAGGAGACCCCCAUUGACCUGUGCGAGGACGAGGAGUUCAGAACUAUUCUGCUGGACCUGAAGCACAAGCACGACACCAUCAUGAAGUCCCAGCUCAAACACAAGACCUCGUUGUGCCGACGGACCUCCAGUGCAGGCAGCCGCGGGAAGGUGGUGAGGCGAGCCAGCUUGUCCGACAGACACAACCUGUGCCGCAAGGAGUACGAGACGGAGGCCAUCGUGUGGAGGGGAGGCAGGGAGGAGGAGGACAAGGAGGACAAAGAGAAGGAGGCCGACCAGGAACAUUUCCAGGUGCUCCACGUCAAGCCCGCAGAGGCGGUGGAUCCACCCGACCAGACCAAGCUGCCCACCAUCCUCAAAGACGGCAGCAGCAAGCACAACGGCCUCAUCGCUACAUCUACAUGCGUCCCCCCGCAGCCCCCCGCCAACGGCAAAGCCGGAGUCGACAAGAGCCCGCUCGCCACCAGCUCACCCGGCCAAGAUGAAAAUUUUCCUCGCGAGAGAGCUCAAACUCUGUCAGAGCUAAAAAAGCAACGGGCGGCGGCCAAGCUGUUGAACCAUCCCCUGUUCAACGGUCACCUGGGCAACGGUUCCACGGACUCCUUCAGCGACGCCAAAUCCCUUUCGGACGACCCCCGCAUGCCGCUGGUCUCGUCCAACGGCAGCGCCGUGUUCUACACGCCGGCGAGCGGCGAGCCGCCGCUCCUCAGACUCAGGCAGCCGGUCGAUGAAGAGCAACCCAAGUCGCGGACCUGCUGCUGCGUGUCGUAGCGCCGACGUCGCACCGGGACGCGGAAUUGCAAACGUUUGCACAGGAGAGGCGAAGGGGAGUCAAAUAACUUUUGCUCCAAAAAGUGGACUUUCUACGUGAAGGGAGGUAGCAAGUGUAGCAGGCGAACAAACGGAGGCUUUGGACUCAAUUUGGAGACGAGGACGGACCACGACGACGGAGGGCUGAAGACAAUUCGAGGUAAAAAGAGGAACCUCCAAAGUCGACAGAUUUCAAAACAUUUUUUUUUGGGGGGGGGGGGGUCGCAAUCAUGAUGGACACAACUACAACAUUUUAUGUUCUCAAGUGAAAGGUUCAGAGGUACCGGUCAAAAAAUUCACCGCCAUGUUCCGCCCGCAUGCAAUGUUGAAAAGUUGUCAUUUCGAGCACAUCCGGUUCAAUUUGGUCUCAAGCAGAUUAAAACAGUUUUUAAAAUAACACCUUAGAAAAGACCAAAACAAAAAACAAUAUAAAUGGACUCUCCAAAGUUAAAAGGAAAUGGAUCCGUCCCACGAUGGUGCUUGACUUCUAACUUUACUGAAAGAAUUCGUUCCGGGUCAUCUUUGAGGUGCUCACUGGUGUCCUUUUAGAUCAGGGGUGACAAACACAUUUUUGCCACGGGCCGCAUUGUAGCUGCGGUUUCCUUCUGAGGGCCGUUAUGAUUGAGAAACAAUCCAAAAAAUUUUAAUCGCCUCAUUAUCUUUACCCUGAUUUGGAACCAGAACUCAAGUUCAAUGGGUUUUUCAACAAUUGUUCAUGUUAGGUUACGCAAAAGUGCUUGCGAUAUCUCAAACUUGUCAUUUAUGACAUGGCAAUUUGAAAUCUUAACAGAAAUCCUGUAAGUUGACACGCAUAAUAUGCCUUCGCGGGCCACAUGAAACCAGAUGGCGGGCCAGAUCUGGUCCUCGGGCCUUGAGUUUGACACCUGUGUUGUAGAUGCUCACUGAACUCAAGGCUCAGAUUUCAACGGACUUUUACGGUUCAGUGGUACCUUGACUUAAGAGUCGAAUUCAUUUGGCUCAAUUUACUCGUAUCUCAAAUUGUGAGCGAGAUGGAAUAUGACACAUAAAAGAAAAAAAUUUUUGAAAUUCCACCGGGCGACGCCUCAUCAGAAAAAGUUGGUGCGCUCGUAAGCUACGUAUAGAAAAUGAUGUUUGAAUCCCAAAUUGGACCACCAUUUCUUGUGUUCGACUUUGGAGGUUGCGCUCUACUUAAGUGAACAUUUGAGAUUAUUAUUUUUAACUUGAAGGAAAAGUCAUCAUCGCGUCGGUCAUAAAUUCCCACAUAUCAAAAGACGUAAACAGCGCUUUGAACGUCAUGAAUUAGUGAAGGGAAGGAAUGCCAUAAAAGUGUUAUUGUGUAAUCUGACCUGUCACCAUCUCUUUUAUAUACUGUACGUCUACAGCCAACUGAUAUUUGUAUUGAUCCCGUCAACCGUGCGUUUUAUUUAUUACAUGAGGGAUCUGUUCCUACAUUGAAGUGUAUUUAUUGUUGCGGAUGGUGUGUGAAUGCGAACGGGGGGCGGACAAGACACAGGAAAGCAACUUUUUCCUUAUAUCACAGCGGAAGGUUUAAUCGCGACAUCCCUCCAAAAUAACACAAAAAGGCCGCAACAGAGGAUCCGCCACUUGGCGGACUUUUUACACCGAGCCACCGCAUCAGAUACCGUAAAAUUGGACUGGACUUGCACUGGAUAAAUGAUUCAAGUGACAAUUUCAUUUUUUUUUUCCCAAGCGGAACAACUGGAGUACAGAAUAAGUAUGAAAACAAAACAAAAACCGUGAAAUCGCGUAUAUUCUGAUCAGAAUCAGGCAUCGACGACGAAAUCAAUCAAUGAGAGUGGAAAGUGCAUCAUAAACGUAGUUUGGAUAAAGCCUGUCAAUGAAACCAGAGAGGUUUACUUUUAAUAUUUGUCUUAUUGACGUUAUUGCUAACAAGAAGCUCCCCAAGCUCGUUGUAUGAUGUAUAAUGACGACAAAUGGCAGAUUUGAUUUUCUAUUCGAUUCUGUUGCACUUCCAUCUCGACACUUGCAAUUUGCGCGUCAAGCCAUGUGGGUUGCUUCGCGUGUUCUGUCAUUGUAAACGGAGCCAUGUUGGAAAUGUGCCACUUAAAAUGUAGAUUUAAAAAAAAAAAAAAACAAACAAAAAGAGCAGAUACUGUACAGCAGUGGUCUCAAACCCAAUUCACCUCGGGGGCCGCCGUGGGCACUUUCUAACUAACUCCUUGGCCGCACCCUCGGCGCACAUGCUUGCAAUUUAAAUGAGAAAUUUAAAAAAAAAAAUCUUACUUUUUUUUUUUUUUUUAAAGCACAAAAAUAAGACAAGCAAGGAAGCUAAUGUAAACAAGCUGUAUGCAAAACUACUCAUGAAACUCUCCAUGGCAGCGGUUCCCAAAGUCAACCUGGGCCCGGACCCCCAACCUCAGCUUUCGCCAAUAAUGUAGUGCUGGACACAGCUAUGCCAUUCUGGUACAAAGAAAUACUCAAUUUUCGUGGCUCACGUACUCUUGCUUUUUGUUUUUGCACAAUAAAUCAAAAUGUGGUUCAACACUGUGAGUGAGAAAGAAGAAAAAAAAAAAAGUUUUUUUGUUCUUCAGAAAAAUAUUUUAUUAUUACUGUCACGGACCCUCUGGAAAGACGUUUUUCACCCCCUGGGGGUCCGUGGACCCCACUUUGGCAACCACUGCUCCAUGGCAACACCACUGUAACUUUUCACUCAAUGAAAACUGUUUCUCCGCUUGCAUCAAGCGUGGUCGCUGUCACGCCCCCGAGAGCCACAAUCCCCGCCGCGAUUGGCAAGCUCGCCAGCUCCGCACACAACACUGCAAAAGUCCCAUUCAUAUAAAACUUCAGGGCCGCACUAUCAUUUAACUCUGACAGUAAGGUGGGGGCCACAAAAUAUCAUAUUGGGUGCCGCAAAUGGCCCAUGGGCCGCGAGUUUGAGACCCUUGCUGUACAUGCAUGAAAUUGGAAUUGGACGCAAAUCCAGCCUCGAUGACGUUCUGACUGCGACGAGUGUCCUGGCACUCCGGAAUAUUUACAGCCUUUGCGUUUGAUUUAAAUUAGGGAUGGUCAUGCAAGUACAUUUCUUCGAACGGCCACUUUAGCAUUAGCAUAAUUAUCAAUGAAAAUAGCAUCCACGUUGCCUCAUCUCCAUGCGAGUGCCAAGGAGUCUUCCAUUAAAAUAAAUAAAUAAAUAAACACACACACACACACACACACAGAGUCCAAUUUCGGUGUAGUUGGUUCCUUUAGACAGACGCUCCACCUGCCCUCGUUUGUACAGUUAUCAAUGAUGUGUACAGAUGAAUUUGUAAAUACUAACGUCGUCUGUCCCCAUGAACUGCAUUUAUCUGUUCUUGUUCUUGUUGUUAUUGUUGGCGCCCUAACGGAAAACUCCAGAAUACACGUAACGAUCCUCUUUGGUCAUCCUGCUUUAUGUGUGUCAGAUGCCUGCAAAGUACACUCAGGUGCCAGUCUUAAAUGUGUUCCUCCAUUGUCUGAUUAUUAUUAUUUGGUCCUGAAAUGUCAGGAAUUCUUUUUUUUUUUUCCUCCAUUAUUUUUACAUCAACUAAAUGUCUAACUGCUGUGUGUGUAAUAAAUUGAUACGUCCAAUUCCUUCACAACAUAUACAGUAUUUACAUGUGAUUAUCAACAGAGAGACAAAAGGACACAAAUAUGAAAGAACUACUGACGAUUUUGUAAUUAUUAGACUGACUAUAUUGAUGGCUGCAUUCACAUAUUUUGAAUAAAUUGUAUAUUUUGAGAAUUCUA